AUGAAGAGCUUUCUGAUUUUUAUUUCACUUUUUCUGCGAGCCGUGCAAAAUCUUCCCGAUUGUUCCUUUGAUGUCUGUGCAAAUGGCGGGAUGUGGAGUGAGUGGAGCACCACGUCGAAAUGCCCUACAGAAUGCGGGUCCUGCUCAAAAAAUUUGUACACCAGGAAGUGCAUGUCGACAAAUUUCCCUAAUUGUCCGUGUGUAGGCGACACCUAUCGUUACAUCCUAUGCAACUCAAAAACUUGUGUCUACCCUGCUCAACGAACGUGCUGCAUUCCAUAUGUCCCAAUGAUUAUCAACGGAUCACAACAGUGCGGACCAUUUCCUAAGGAUCCAGACAGAUCCAGUGAAUCACCUUGUUGUCCAAAAGGAGGAUUUUGGUCGACAUGGAGUGCGUAUUUUAGAGAUGGCGAAAAGAAAGCAUGGUCGAGAACUCGGCGUUGCCUGACCGAAGAAGCCGGGUGCCCCUGCACUGAUCCGGGCACCACCAUCGAAACGUCGACAGCAUGUCCUUGUCGGAAAUUGGUCGAUGUUUCCAGUUUAGUGAAGACCAAUCUGGGAACUUACACAUUGAAUCCAGUGUACAACGAUGAGGAUUGUACUGCUUCUCAAGUCAUGGAAAGUCAAAAAAGUGCUGUGGGUGAGCCGUGCAAUGAAUACACCUCGUGGAAGUAUUACCGAUGGACCAAUGCGGUGCGAUACGUAAAACCAGGAAGAUCUGAUUACGUUGGAAUUAAAAUUUCCAAUUGUGAAGCCGCCCACGAAAAGAAGAUAUUUCUCUACUGUGAUAGGGAAACUCUCAAUUAUCGAUUGGCGAUCAACAACGAUGAGGUCUACGGAUACAAUCAGAUCUAUCAGUAA